UUGAUGCACUUGCAAGUUAAUAAUGACUACUUCGGCUGACUCGCCCAAUGGAACUAUAUCUGGAAGCACCACUGCAUCCCGCACAUCAUCUGCGACCUCAAACGACAGUUCAGUCAAGGUCACUUCGGGGUCAACUAGGGUCAACAAUGAGAAGACGUCUACAACCCCACUUCAAAUAUCGGCGUCGAAUCACAACCAAAGCCAAAGCGUUAACGCAAAUGCUUCAGUUCCAAAAACAUCUCCGUUAUCACCGCCUUUAAAGAAUGCAAUGCAUCCCCCUUUACCCAACGUUAACAUUUCAUCGAGCUCAUCUACUAAAUAUAUUGCCCAAAAUAGUGCCCAAAGCUCAACUGGCAAUGCAAUGGAUAGCUACAGGUCCUUGUUAAAUCGUCUGACUAUGGGCUUAAUUGACUGGCUCAAGUUUCACCCGAACGUAACGUCAGUUAAAGUGUCUGAUUUUAAAAAAGCAGACAAAUCUGAUUUUUCCACUUGGGAGCAAAAGCACAUGUGUAUUUUACCAGAGGAUUUGAAAGCGUUUUACUCCACAAUUAAUGGGUUGAAUUUAACUUGGUCAAUAUCGAUGACUAAUCCUACUCCCGGGGGUCUCAAUUUCAGUCAGGGGGAGUCGAGAAGUUCAUUGGGUAGUUCUGCGGCGACUGAAAAAGAUGCAAUACCUGUUGGGUUGAUCAAUGUGAAUCCAGUUAACAAGCUAAUCCGAAUCGCUGGAGCUUACGAGGCAGGCGAUUACGGAAUAUCAUUGGCUGACAUUGACUCCGACGAGGAUUUUCUUCCAAUGGCAAGCACCACUUCAGAGGAAUCUUUGACGGCCGCGAGACCGCGCUGUCCCCAUUUCAACGAGCGAAGUCGUAUUUUCGAAUUAGAUUACGUCGACAAAAUCAAAGCGAGGGUCUGUCUUGUGUAUAAACAUACUCGCAAUGAGCUACCUGCUGGACCUAACCCAGAGAUCUGGCUUCUGGACCGAUCGCUAAGCUGGCACUUCUUAGCAUCUGAUUUCACAACCUUCUUUCGUCUGAUGAUUGUUCAUUUAGGGUUACCUGAAUGGCAAUUUCUGUUUACGAACGUAGCAGUUAGUCAGAAAGCAAGACAGUGGUUUAACUUUUUUGCGCCUACCAGGCUGCAAAUGAGCGGCAAUUAUAAUUCACUAGGAGGUAAAGUAAAACAGAAUCCAAACGUGAUGUUUGAAACUCCAUUGUACCAAACGAAGUUCGACGCCGCGAAAGUGUUCAAAGCGAAAUCGGUCCGGUUGGGGACGAAAGCCGCUGGCGGGAAUGGCGCCGGAACCCAAGGGGUGGCACAGCAGAAGAAAAAACCAGACGUGAAAAGUAGCCAGAGUACUACUCCGGCGUCUGGGAGCUCUAAUCUAGCUGGAAAAGGGUCUUCUCAGGCGUUGCAAGGUUCUCAGAGAGCGGCGAGCGCUGGAAAUUCAAGGCGAUGUUAAGAAUAAACCUGUUCAGAGAAACAAGAGUAAAUGAUCAAGCGUUUCUAAAGUUUCAGAGUAAAUUUUAAACAGCAAACACCUAAUUAAAAGAAGCGUUUCUAUGUUCAAAUUUGAGGCAAAUAAAGUAGCUUAAAUUUUUUGAGAAAUUUUGUCAGAUAAUGUCCAAAGUUGUCCAAAAGUCCCUUUUGUCCAAAGUCUGCUCUCGCCUCUGUUGAUUUGUUCUUGUUUCUCUCAAUUUAUUUUUUCAUGUCUUCCUUUUGAGUUUUCAUGACAAUUUUGAAAUCGCUUCUUGAGUUUCAUAUUUCAAUUCAUCUUAGCCGAAUUGGCAACUUUCUAAUCUAAUUUAUCAUAUGUAAAAAUGUAAAUAGAGUUAUAUUAUAGUCUUGUAUUUUUCGCAGUAUAUUAUUUUGUUAUUGUAUAUUGAUUUAGUAUAAA